CCUGCAAGUGCGGUUUCGGGCCCAUUGUCAGCUGGGCAGCCCACCGCAUGGCAUUGUCGGCAUCGUCGCCAGCAGUGGACACUGAGCCAUCUUAUCAGCCGGUCCGGCGAGGUUGGGUGGGGGAUCCGGUGACGAUCGUCAUCCCGGCCGGACCAUAAGGAGUAUAUAGGAUCAGGACGUCCGCCCUCGACGACGAUGAUGUUUCCCAGCCUCAGCAGCAGCAGCAGCAGUUCGCAGCACGCAUCUCUCCACGAUCUUUACAGUCGGAUACCCUUGCAUCCAACCGUCCUUUCACACUCUUCGAGUCGUCCAAGGACCACUUACACUCUUUACUCACGAUGCGUUCCGCCGCUCUCCUCAGCCUGCUCCCGCUGGCCCUCGCCGCCCCCGUCCAGGAGGCUGGCGCGCCGGUCCUGGUGCCCCGCGGCGCCACUGCCAACUCCAAGUACAUUGUGCGCCUCAAGAAGCCCGCCGCCGACGGCUUCAGCAUCCAGUCGACGGCCGGCCAGGUGACGUCGUGCAUCAACAGCAUCGUCGCCGACGCCGAGGAGCGCUACGACAACGUGGGCGCCUUCUCGGCCCACCUCGACGACGCCGACCUCGCCUCGCUGCGGGCCAACCCCAGCGUCGCCUACAUUGAAAAGGACGCCACCAUGAGCCUCCAGGUCACCCAGACUGGCGCCCCCUGGGGCCUCGCCCGCCUCUCCAACACGGCGCCCGGCUCGACCACGUACACCUACGACGCCACCGCCGGUGCGGGCGCCUGUGUCUACAUCAUCGACUCGGGUGUCGACGUGAGCCACCCCGAGUUUGAGGGCCGCGCCUCGCAGCCCAAGAACGCCGUCGACAGCGACGCCGCCGACCGCAACGGCCACGGCACCCACGUCGCCGGCACCAUCGGCUCCAAAACGUACGGCGUCGCCAAGAAGACCAAGAUCUUCUCGGUCAAGGUAUUUGGCGCCUCGGGCCAGACCACAAACGCCAUCGUCAUGGCCGGCAUGGACUGGGUCGUCGCCGACGCCCCCAAGCGCGCCGCAGAGUGCCCCCGCGGCAUCGUUGUCAACAUGUCCCUCGGCGGCGGCGCCUCCCAGGCCAUCGACGACGCCGCUGCCGCCAUGGUCAGCUCGGGUCUCGCCGUCAUGGUCGCCGCGGGUAACGGCGACAGCCUGGGCCGCGCCGUCUCCGCCUCGACCUCGUCCCCGGCCCGCGCCCCUUCGGUCUGCACCAUCGGCGCGACCGACCGCUCCGACAAGGUCGGCACCUUCUCCAACUACGGCCCCCUCGUCGACGUCCACGGCCCCGGCGUCUCCAUCCUCAGCACCCUGCCCGACGGCCGCACCGGCACCCUGACCGGCACCUCCAUGGCCACCCCGCACGUCGCCGGUCUCGCUGCCUACUUCCUCGGCACGGGCCAGACCACCGCCGCCAACGCCUGCAGCUUCAUUGUCUCAAAGGCCCAGUCCGGAGUCAUCUCGGGCCUGCGCUCCGAUACCAAGAACCUCCUCAUUCACAACUAAGCAUUUUGACUUUUGUUGUUGGAGAUCUUUUCUUUCUUUCUUCUGUUUAGCAUGAGAUAGGGCGUGGAGAAAGCUUUUCAGGCAUUUGGUGCGUGGGCAAGGGUGUGUGUAUAUAUAGCAGAAAGAAAACUUCUUGCCAACCCACCUUGUUGCUUUGGUAUAUAUAUAUAAUAGUAUAUAUGAACACAUGGCAAUAAAAGAAAGUAAAAUCUUGCUCCACCUUCACAAUUUGGUUCUUCGCUUUCG